UACCAUGUACAGAUACCAGACUUUAUUCUCUUAUUGUUUCCCCUUUCUUAUUCCGAGAUUGUAUGUUUGACAUUGUCUCGUCGUUAUCAUCGACAGAAAUUGCAGAUGGUCAUCAAUUGCAUGCCUCCAGGCCUUCACACCGUAGCUCUAGUAGGAUUUUCGCCUAUUAUACUUUCAUACCUCUUUACUUCCACAUCUCCGGGUCAAAGCAUACUGCGACGGGUUCCAGCAACAGAACUAAGUAAGAACCCAGGAAAAAAAAAUAAACAAUUAGAAACUCGAAACCCAAUUCAAACAAGAGAAGAAACAUUAUGCUAAUGGUAUAUCCACACACAAGAGAGAAAGAUAAUGCCAAACGACUUCUAUUUC